CCAAACUUUAUUAUAUUAUUAUCAAAUUAUUAUAAUAUCUACGAAUAAAACAGACCGUAUCAAACAUCGUAGAAGAAAUUAAUUAAUACAAAAUGCCUAACAAUUCGGAUGAAGAUAGUAACCAAGAUAAUUUAGAAGAUGCAAAAGAAAUUUUACAAAAGUUAUCGGUCGAACUUCAGGAAUUAUAUUCCUACAGAGAUUUGUUCUUUGAGAAACAUCCAGUAGAAAUGGCUUCAGAAAAAAAUAAACUUAUUGAAGAGAAAAAAAUAUUGUUACUGGAAAAAUUUGAAGAUAUAGACGUUGAAACUCAAAUCCCAAUACAACUUCGUGCACAGUUUCACUAUUUGAAAGGCAAAUGCUAUAACAUAAGUCCGUCCUACGACUCAAGUGCUAUUCAAUGCCUCAGCAAAGCUGUCAAGCUCAACCCACACAUGGUCAGUGCUUGGAAUGAACUGGGGGAAUGCUAUUGGAAGAAUAUGAAUAUUAAAGAGGCUAAAGCAAGUUUUGAAGGAGCUCUCAAACAUGAGCGUAAUCGUUUGUCCCUUCGCUGCUUAUCAAUCAUAGUUCGGCAAGAAAGAUUUGGUCGAAAAAGUGAAACAACAGAUUCGGUUCUCAAGAGUGUAGAAAUGGCUAAGGAAGCUGUCGCUCUCGAUACAAAAGACGGAGUGUCGUGGACAGUAUUAGGAAAUGCAUAUCUAUGUCAAUUCUUCAUCAUAUCUCAAGAUCCGGCUACAUUGAAGUUAUGUAUGAGUGCUUAUAAACAAGCAAAGUUAGAUCCCAUAGCAAAGGGACAGCCAGAUUUAUACUACAAUGAAGGAGUUGCUCUUAAAUAUGAAGAGUGUUAUGGUGUAGCCUUAGAGUCGUUUAUGAAAGCGAGUCGUCUGGAUCCAGGGUGGGAGCCACCUCAGCAAGCUCUGACAGAACUUUUACAAUAUCUCAACGACUCACAGCAACUACAACGCACAAGGGGUAAACUAAAAGGGAAAAGAUUAGCACAAAUGAUUCAGUCCAUAGAUGAAAAGAUGCUUGGUGAAUAUGGACCUAGCACAUUCCAUACAUUCGGUACAAGAAAAAAUGUGCAGCUUAAAUUGACGAGACUGGACGCACUGCAAGAGGGAACCAAUGAAGGCUCAGUCAUCCUAGGCCGAGUCGUUGGUUCGAUACAUAACAACAAUUCUGUACCUUUCACAUUCGCGAUCGUGGACUCCAGUAUGUCGUGUGUUUGCGUCACGGUGUACAACUGGGCCGGCGGGCGCGGCGCCAUCAUCGGCGACGCCGUCUGUCUCCCGGAGCCCGUUGUUAAAACGCACAAACACAGUUCCGAUGUAGCGAAGUACGAGUUCAAGUCCAUCCGUGUGAACAAUCCGAUGCUGCUGCUGGUGAACGGGCGGCGGGUCGGCCGCAACCAGGUCGCCAGCACACUCGUAACCAGCACCUACGAGGCGCAAUGACGACUCGCCAACAGACGGCUCACGUAAACUACGACGCGGACUAAACAUGUAUGAUACUGUAUGUGUGUUGUAUAUUCAGAGAAGUUGAUUCCUAGGCAGAUGGC